AUGACUCUCGCAGAGGAGGAUGCCAAGAUGGAGGGCGGCAACGUGGAGAGCCGCUGGACGCCUGAGGAGGAGCAGAAGGCCCUUCGCAAACUUGACUGGUGCCUGAUUCCCUUAGUCGGCUCACUGUAUCUCGUGUCUUAUAUCGAUCGUGGCAAUAUUGGCAACGCGUACACGGCUGGUAUGGGAAAGCAAUGGGGCAUCACAUCUAACGACUAUUCCUGGAUCGUGACCGCAUACUACAUUGCCUACAUUUGCUUCCACUGGCUUAUUCUCGUCUGGAAGUUCAUGCCCCUGCCGCUCUGGACGUUUUGUAUGGCCUUUGGCUGGGGCGUUGCUAGUAUCUUGCAAGCCGCCACAACCAACUUUGCUGGCAUCAUGGCUCUCCGAGUCCUGAUCGGCGCAUUCGAGGCUGGUUUCGUCCCUGCAGUUGCGCUGUAUCUGACAUUCUUUUACCACCGACGCGAAAUGGGCCUGCGCUAUGGUCUGUUUAUCUCCUUCUCGCCGCUGGCCAACUGCUUCGCUUCGGCCCUCGCGUACGGAAUCGUGCAGGCAAAGACGAGCAUCCACAACUGGCAGCUUUUGUUCAUUGUCGAGGGUAUUCCUACCUUGUUUCUGGCGAUCCUUGCCUACUUCUACCUCCCAGCAUCACCCUCACAAUGCCGAUUCCUCACCCCGCGACAAAACGAAAUCAUCAGCCAACGCGCCAUCAAGGGCCGCGGAGAAGAUACUGAGAGAAAGCUCAAUUUCGCUCAAGUCUUUGCUGCGUUCUACGACUACAAGAACUACAUGCAGGCAUUUAUCAUCUUUUGCCUCAACACCGCGUUUGGCUCGCUGCCGGCUUAUCUCCCUACUAUUCUGAAGGAUAUGGGAUAUACUUCUAUAAACGCACAAGGUCUCUCUGCCUGCCCAUAUAUUACCGCAUACUUUGUCUGCGUGGGCAUGAGCAUGAUUUCCGACCGUGUUGGCCAGCGAGGUCCCUUCGUCUUUGUCUUCUGCUGCAUCGGUGCGGUUGGCUACAUCCUCCUGUCCCUCAUCCGUACCACCGCCAUUCGCUACUUCGCAACAUUCCUUGUUUGUGCCGGUGUCUUCCCAGCCGUCGCCCUGACUUUCACAUGGGUCACAGACAACCAAGGCUCCAGCUCCAAGCGUGGUGCAGGCCUUGCCAUCUUCGGCAUGUUUGGACAAUGCGGACCUAUCCUUGGUGCUCGAUUGUUUCCCAAGUCAGAUGGGCCAUUCUAUCAUAAGGGAAUGUGGGUUUGUGCAGGCGUACUCCUUGCCGCAGCUCUUAUGGCCAUCAUUCUGAGCGCAUGCCUUCGCAUGCAGAAUCGACACCGUGACAAGGUCCAUGGCAAAAGUGACCCUGAUCAUGUUCCUGCUGAUAUUGCCGAGAGGGGCGAUGCUCACCCCAUGUACCGAUUUGUCCCGUAA